AUGGCACCACAUCAUCGCCGCAGGAUCGGUGCGAGCCGAAGAACGGUCGAGGACGAGGGCGAGGAAGACGGCUUUCCUGGUUUGGUGGACGACGAUUCCCUCAGCGAAGGCACGGCCAGCUCCCAGUCCCACGACGAGGACGACGGAUGCAGCGAGAUCACGGAGACAGAAGGUGGUGGUGACAGGACGGUGCUGGACGGUGGACGGCUGCCUCACAGGACGACCAAGAAGGCAUCGUCGACGUCGACUUUGACACCUCGAGGGCACGGCAGCGGAGGAGGAAAAGGUGACGGUGAUGGUGAAAGUGGCGAAGGGGACAGCUUGUUUAAUGCGCGGACGUCGGAGACAGAGAUCAUGAUGAACGGCAGCAGAGAGACGGCAGCGUCGUUGCAGGAGGCGGAUGAAAUACAAUUCGACCAGAUGGCCGACACUACGACUACUACUACGACCACUGCUGGUACGACUGCCACCACCGCUGCUGCUGCUGCUGCUGCUGCUACAACUACUACGACUACUUCCCGGCCGAGUAGUGGUGGUCAGAGAGAGACGUUUGCGGAGCGGAAGCGGAGAGAGCACGACGAGUACAUCCAGAAGCGGAACAGCGACCCGUCGUUUGUGCCUACGCGAGGUGGUUUCUUCCUCCAUGAUAACCGGUCUGGCGGCGGGAAUGGCAGCGGACGAGGCAAGCAGAUAAAGAGCAAGCCACACGGCCUUAUCGUUGACAGCAACAUUUCACGGAAACCCCAGCCAGAUAUCACACAUGCUCCCUGGCGUCAUGAUCUACACGAUUCUGUCAACCAACCAGCUCGGCCGCCACAGAGUACAGCGACUACUACUACUACUGCUGCCACCACUGGUAGCGGCAAUGUCAAUGUCAAUGUCAACAACAAUGCCGGCAAUACCAAUAGCAGCUACCCGCUGAAGCCUGUACCUACGGCUCCUCGCACCUCUCCGCCAAACAGAUCCUUCUCCACCACGAUACUCAUCGGCAAUGUGCCUGUCAUCGUCUUCCUGCCGGGCAUGGAAGCUCCCAUACCCUUCUCCGCCGUCCCCAAAAGACAGCACACCCGCCUCCCGCAGCACCGCCCUCCGUUGCGACGUGACAAGCCCGUCCGUAUCUCCCUCCCCGGCCAGGCUCCCCGCUACAUCUUCCCUUCCACUGAGCGGUCGUUCAUCUUCAUCCCGCGAGCUCUCCGGCCGAACCAGCAAGCUUCGUACCGCGGCCGAGGUCGGGGCGGCGGGAGUGGCGGCGGCGGGUUCUACUCUAGCCGACGGGCCAGUGUCUACUCCGGCAGUGCCUACAGCCAUGCCCCGACUCACACUCCCAGCGCCAGCCUGAGCAUGAGCAUCUCCCGCCGCUCGUCAAUGGGGCGGGACAUGGGCAGUGUCAAUGGCGCCACUCCGCCGCUGGGAUCGACCAUGACCAUGGCCCGGCCCGUUAUUGCUGCAGUUGCACCAGACUCGAGGCCGGUAGUCCGCCUCCCUCCCCAGGUCACUCCCGUCCAGCAGCCGGCACAACUGCAGCUGCAACAGCCACUGCCACAGCAGCCACCGCAGCCGGCACUACCGCCUACCUCUGUGCCUACGUCGACUGCCGGACCGUACUUUGCACCGCAGAACCCGACCUACCGGGAGAACCGGCCGCACCCGUCCAUACCGAUGCACCAGCCACGCCCGCAGAAGACGGUAUCGGUGGCGGAUAUCGAGUCUCCAGCUGCUUCAGCCUCUGCUUAUCAGUUUAGUCAGCAGCAACAGCAGCAACAGUCGGCAGCAGCAGACCAGCCCUUCCACCACCAAGUGCCGCAGCAGCCUGCUCAGCCAAUGGCCAUGAACGGCUUUGCACCGACGCCGGAGAUGACCAUGCCGAUAGCUAUGGCUGUCCCCAUGGCAGUCCCCAUGCCAAUGUCGAUGCCCAUGUCGAUGCCGAUGCCGAUGGCCAUGUAUCAGCACCAGCGACACCUGUCCCAUCCUCCGCCGACCUCCUCCGCCACUCCGCUGUCCCAGAUCCCGGAGCGAGCCAUCCACGCUGCUCCCUUCCAGCCGGUUCCUUACCACCAUCAGCAGCAGCAGCAUCCAGGAGGACAGCAGCAGCCAGCCUACUACGGCCAGCCCUACCCUCCUCCUCCUCCUCCUCACCACCACGCUCACCACCAGUAUGCCGCUCCUCCGGCUACGGGAACAGAGUAUCCUUACACUCCCGGCGGUGCUCCUCCUCCUGCUGCGGCUGCGGGCCCAGCCGGCCCUGGGACAGUAGCCCACGAGUCGAACGGGACAGUGUACUACUACGAUGCCUCACAGGUGACUGCUGCCCCCGGUUCAAGCUCAGGCACUAUCACCACCACCGCCGGCGCCUCCUCGACCUCUGCACCCCCGGCCGGCGGUGUCCUCGGCAUGGGAGGCAUGAUGACCCCUCCCGGUCCGACGGCGUACUACUAUCCUCACCCUCCGCACGUCCAAAACGGCCCGAUCUACUACCAGUGA